AUCAUUUAUUUCAUAUUAAUCACAAUCUAAGAAAUUAAAAUUUUGUUUUCCAGUUCCAACGCUAGAAAUAACCACUCGAAUCCGUUUCUCACUGAGAACUGAGAAGAGAGUUAUCUGAAUCUGUAGUUUGCUUAGAAGAAGAGGAAACAAAGAUCAUAUUUUUAACAAUGUUGAUGUCGAAUUGUGCGUCGGUGGAAGAAGAGACUAAGGAAUCUGAAUCCGUGGCGGCUACGCCUCCGAAGACGGUGGUGGUUAAGGAAGAUGACGCUGAUCAUCAUCCUUACGCGUUUCACGUAUCUGGACCGAGGAACGUAUCUUCUCCUAACUGGAGGUCGAUUUUAUGUACCUGUAGGAAGGAUCCAAACUAUAAGAGGACAGUAAUGGCAUGUUUUAUUCAAGCAGCGUACUUACUUGAACUCGACAGACAAGAGAACCGAGACAAGCAAAACGCUCUCGCACCCAAAUGGUGGAUUCCUUUCAAGUACAAGUUAACGCAAACGCUGAUUGAUGAGAGAGACGGAUCCAUAUUUGGAGCUCUUCUUGAAUGGGACAGAUCUGCUGCAAUGGCUGAUUUAGUCGUCAUCAGACCGAGCGGUGCACCAAAAGCAGUACUUGCGCUAAGAGGAACGAUACUCAAGAGUCUUACCAUGAGACGUGAUAUCCAAGACGAUCUCCGGUUUUUAGCUUGGGAGAGUCUUAAAGGCUCUGUGAGGUUUAACGUUGCUCUCGUAGCGCUGGAGUCAGUAGCGAAGAGAUAUGGUAGCAAUAAUGUCUGUGUUGUUGGUCACUCCUUAGGAGCAGGUUUUGCAUUACAAGUUGGUAAGGCAUUGGCUAAAGAUGGGCUGUUCGUUGAUGCGCAUUUGUUCAACCCACCUUCUAUAUCUUUAGCUAUGAGCUUAAGAAACAUUGGUGAAAAAGCUGGUGUUGCUUGGAAACGACUCAUGUCGAUGCUUCCUCCGAGAAACGAGCCUUUGGUACCAAAUGGUUGUGAAGCAGAGGCUGCUCCUGGGAGUGUUUCAGGAGGGUUUAGGAACUGGGUACCGAGUUUCAACGGACAAAAUCAGAAAUCUUCUGUGGAUUUGAGAAAAUGGGUGCCUCAUUUGUAUGUGAACGACAGUGACUAUAUCUGCUGCUACUACACAGACCAGGAUGGAGUGAACGAGAAGGAAAAAUUGAACAACAACAAGGAGAACCAGAGUCCUGUUGUGAAAAACACUAUUCCUCAAGCAGCAGCAAAGCUUUUCGUGAUGUCAAAAGGGAAACAGAAGUUUCUCGAGGCGCAUGGGUUAGAACAAUGGUGGUCCGAGAAUCUAGAGCUUCAAUCAGCGAUUCACAGCAGCAGGCUGAUCACUCAGCAACUCAAGUCAUUAUACAGUGUUAAGUAAACAUCAAGCAGCAUAACCAUCUUCAUCGUUCAAUAAACACGUUUGUUCCCUUUUGCUAUCUUUACGGUUUGACCUAAGAACUUUUUUUCCGGGAAAUGUAAGUAGCAUAAGUGUAAGAAAGACCAGUUGUAAUUGAUCUGCAACAUUUAGUCAAUAAUUGUGCCAAUAACAAUCAUACGGGGGCCACACAAAGAAAA